AUGGAAGAUGAUCCGCAUGGCGUGGUGGCAGCGUUCCCGCACGCGCCAUACGAGAUCCAGCGCCAGUUUAUGCUGGCGUUGUACGAUACGCUGCAGCAGCGGCAGAUUGGAUUAUUUGAGAGCCCCACUGGUACUGGCAAGACCCUCAGCAUCAUAUGCGCCACGCUCAAAUGGUUGGAGGAUCAGCGGCGCGCCGAGGAGGAACGACGAAAGGAGGAGGCACAGGCCGCCAGCGCGGGCCUGCCGUCGUGGAUGCGAGCGUUCAACCCCUGGGCGCCGCAGGAGCCCCCGCAGCCGUCCGACACGCCGGCUGGCCCCCUCCACGGCAGGUUUCAUGGCAAGGACCAGCGGCAGCAGCAGCGGCAGCAGCAGCGGCAGCAGCAAGGACAACAGCAGCAGAGACAACAGCAGCAGAGACAGCAGCAGCAGCAGCAGCAGCGGCCAGGGGCUCUCACCCCCCUGCUGGAUGACGACGGCGCUGACCUGUCAGAGUUCCUGGUGCCCAGCGAGAGCCCCGCCGGCGCCAAGCGGCCAAGCACCGCGGCUGCCAGCAGCAGCGGCAGCAGCGACGACGGCGGCGGCGGCCGGGGGCGCGCCGCCGCGCCGCCACAGCCGCCGCGCAAGCCGCAGGUGAUCUUCUGCAGCCGGACGCACUCGCAGCUGUCGCAGUUUGUCGGGGAGCUGGCGCGCACGCGUUUCGCGGGGUCCCUUUCACUGGUGGCGGUGGCGUCGCGGCGCGCGCUGUGCGUCAACGAGCAGGCGGGUGGGCAGGGGCGGUGGCCGGCCGCUGCUGGGGCGCGGGGGGCCGUGGUGACCAAGCUAGGGGACCUGUCGGCCAUCAACGAGCGCUGCAUGGAUCUGCAGCAGACCAAGCGCACCGGCGGCGGCUCCAAGAGCCGCAAGGCCGCGGCAGCGGCGGGCCCCGCGGACGGCGGCGCCAGCGGCCUGGCGCAGCUGGGGGCGGCGGCGCGGCGGCGGCGCGGGAAGGGCGCGGGGGGAGGCGGCGGCUGCCCGUACCUCCCACGGCGCGGGGACGGCGGGGGGGAGGGCGGCGCGAUGGAGGGCUUCAAGGGCGCGGUGCUGGCGGCGACGGCGGAUGUGGAGGAGCUGGCACGUAUGGGGCGCAGCCAGCAGGUGUGCCCCUACUACGGGGCGCGGCUGGCCGUGCCGGAAGCCGACAUCAUCCUCGCGCCGUACAGCUCCCUUUUGUCUCCUGACGCGCGCGCGGCGCUGGGCCUGGACCCCUGCGGCAGCGUGCUGGUCUUUGACGAGGCCCACAACCUGCUGGACGCCAUCAACGGCGCCCACGGCAGCAGCAUCACGGGCGCGCAGCUGGCGGCCGCGCACCGCCAGGUGUCCGGUUACCACGAGCGCUUCCGCGCCGCCCUCAGCCCCGCCAACGCGCAGCAGGUGCUGCUGCUGCUGCGCGUCGCCGCGGCGCUGCUGGCGCGCCUGGCGGGGCGGCGGCCACGGGAUGCGGCGCCGGCGGGCGGGGCGGGGCCCGAAGAGGCGGCGGCGGCGGCGGGCGCCGCAGACACGUGCGCGGUGCGCGUGAACGAGCUGCUGUUUGACCUUGGCCUCGACAACAUCAACCUCUUCCAGCUGCUGCGGUGGGUGAAGGAGACCAAGUUCUCUUUCAAGGUCUGCGGCUACGCCGCGGCCGCCGCAGUCAAGGCGGGCGACGUGCAGCCGCGCGGCGGCAGGGAGAGCGGCGGGCCCGGCGGCGCCGCGGCGGCCGGCGGUCUGUCGGCGAUGCACGCGCUGGGGUCGUUUCUGGGGGCCCUCACAAACACAGACGCAGACGGCCGCAUCAUCAUCGAGCCAGCCGCCGCCCCCGACGACGGCAGCUCGGACGGCGCCGCCGAGGCGGCGCCUCGCGGCGGCCGCCUGCGCUUCGUGCUGCUCAACGCCGCGCGCCACUUCGGCCGCCUGCUGUCCUGCGCGCACGCGGUCGUGCUCGCGUCGGGCACGCUGGCGCCCGUCUCGAGCUUAAAGGCGCAGCUCUUCCCUCACGAGCCCCCCGGCCGCGUCCGCCACUUCGAGUGCGGCCACGUCGUGCCGCGCGCGCAGCUGCUCGCCGUCUCCGUCGGUCGUGGCCCCUCCGGGCGCCCGCUCGACUUCCGGCACGCGGCGCGCGGCGCGGACGGCGCGGCGGACGAGGCGGGGGCGCUGCUGCUAAACCUGGCAGCUGUCGUGGCGCGCCACCGGCCUGCUGGCGCGCCUUGA